AUGGCUAGGUUUGGAGCCAAGGUUAGGGAACUGCGAUUUCUCGUUGCCCAGACUGCUCAUUCGAGCUCUGGAAUUAGGGAUUUUAUUUCACGUCACUAUCUGUCUCUAAAAACUGCUAAUCCUCAUGUGAAGUUUAUGAUUCGUGAAUCAGAAGGGAUCACACCAAAAGUGUUCGCUCGUUAUGAGAUGGGGAAGGAAGACUGCAUUUCAGUGGCAAAUAACACAGCUGAUGAUAUAAUUUCGAAACUUAAGACUCUAGAUCGAGCAUAA